CUGUCUAUAUCUCUCUCAGGUUUGACACACAGUCAUAUGACUUGUAUUUCCUGGCACAGCCUGAUCGACGGAACGUCUCCUCACUUUUCUCUGCUUUUAUUUUUUCUCUUUAGUGACUGAACAUCCAAAACCCUCAGCAAUCAUGUCUCGAUACGCUGCAUUUGUUUUCUUCGUGUCUUUCGGAGUUGUGUCCCAUCUGUCUCAUGGCAUUGAGGUUAAAGUCAUGAAUAAGGACAAGUUGUGUCUUUAUGCCAAUCUGACCCUCAACUUCUCGGUCACCUAUGAAGUUGCUGACAACAAGACCAAAAUGGUUUCAUUUGAGCUUCCCGCCUCUGCAUCAUCAAACGACAGCAAAUGCGACGACACGAGUUCGAUCCUGAUGCUCAAGUUUCCGGACGGACACUCCUGGAGCGCCAACUUCUCCCUCAAAGACAAAAGCUACCAGGCAGACGCCAUAACCUUUGUUUACAACCUCAACGACUCAAAGGUCUUCCCGGGUUCUUCAUCCAAUGAAACGGUCACCGUGACGACAAAGCCUGACAUUACGGACGUUGGCGUGAACACGUGCUACUCGUGCAAAAGUGAAGACACGCUCAUCGCUUCGCCCCGGGCCAGCAUGACGCUGUCGGACGUGCUCAUACAGGCCUUCGUCAUCAACGGCACCAAGAGCGAGAACCUAACUACCUGCGCUGCAGACAAACCCGUAACUCCCACUCCCACUCCCACUCACGUGACCAACGCCACCACUGUGGUGCCGGCCACCAACGCCACCACGGCAGCUCCUCCCACCACCCCCACUCCCACUCUGCCCACUCCCACUGUGGGGAAUUACUCCAUCAAGCACGACGCCAACAGCUCGGCCUGCCUGCUGGCCAACUUCGGCCUGAGGAUCGGCUUCACUCAGAACAAGAAGUAUCAGGAGGUGAACUUUGACCCUCCGACUGAAGUUUCUGGAAGCUGUGGAGUCGACAGCAGUGAGCUCAUCCUGACGUCCAACAACAUCACCGUUUCUCUCUCUUUCUACAAUGACACAAAGAAAUUCCGCCUCCAUGAAGUGAACGUCACCAUCAGCACCAGCUCCGGCGUUUUUGCUCAGAGUGGCUCCAACCUGAGUCUGUGGGAGGCGGCGGUGGGAAGCUCCUACAUGUGCAACAAGGAGCAGAACUCCACCAUCACAGGCCUGCUCUCCCUCUACACCUUCAGCCUGCGUGUGCAGCCGUUCGGCGUGAAGAACGGCCUCUACAGCACAGCUGAGGAAUGCCUGACUGAUGAGGAGAGCUACCUUGUUCCCAUAGCUGUCGGCGUUGCCCUGCUUGUUCUCAUACUUAUUGUUCUGCUGGCUUAUUUCAUCGGGAGGAAGAGAAGCAUGGCGUCGGGCUACCAGUCUUUCUGAUCUUACUCUUCGUUUAGAGCUGCAGGGGGUGGCCGCCGCCUUAUUUAAAUCGCUGCUUUUUCACUAAUUGGUGAUGAGAAGAGCAUAGUCUGUGUGUUUUGUUCUGUUAACUUAUGAGUCUUCUGAUUGUCUUUUGGCUUUGUAUAAAGACUGGAAACAUGCUUGAUGUACUCAGAACUAUCAAACAUAAAUUGGAGGUGGUUCUCAGAAAUUGCACUUCAAUAUAAUUAAUUAGUGCUGGUUGCAAAAUGGCCGCUGCUGCAAGUCUUAGUCUGUUUAAUGAGUGGGAAGCUGCCAUCAGCAUGCUUCCAAAUCUAUUGUUUUUUUCUUAAAGGGCAAGUUAAUUUAUUUAUUUUUGUUAGUGAGUUUGGAUAAAAGUAAAACUUCUUCCAGCCAAUUUUUACCCACUUAAAGCAACUUGAACUUUAAAUGUCCAAAUCAACAUGAUGGAACAAUAUAUUAUUGCAUAUUUAUUUUGUCAAAAUUCUAUUCUACCGACUCAACAAUUAACAAAGCAUGCAAGACUUUAACAAAUAUUCAGAUAUUUUUUGUUGGAAAGGGCUGUUUAACUUACACAUUCAAAACUUAAAAACGGUUCUAAUGGUUUUCCUUACAAAAAGACAUUUUUAUAUUUUUUAGGUAUUCAAUUUCCCCUUCUGAUUCAUAAAGUAUUUUUGAAUUUGAUUGGGAAACAAAUAGAACCGAAUUUAAUCAAUUCUGAGCAAACAAAAUUUGGAUUUAGGUCACUUUCUGUUUGGAAAUAUUCGUAUUUUUAGCCAAGUUUAAUAAUUUAAAAGCAGAUUUGGGCAGUGUUUGAGUAAAAGUCACUGCACAGAAGAGGUGCUUGCAAAAGAAUGUAAAAAUAGUCGUUCAAAAACUAAUUUUGCUGGACGAUAAAUCGUUCCAGAAUUUAUUCCGAUAAACUAAUAUUGUUUUGAGACCAUUUUCAAUAAAUAUAUCGAUGACGACAUAGAAAUGCAAGUUUGCUCUUUGAAAGACCAAUAUACUUGCAUUUUGUGCAGAACAUUUAACCUUGGAACUGGAAGAUAUUCAAAUAUUAAAAAUAAAACACAACAAUAAAUAAAACAAAUAAAAACCACACAUAAACAACAUGGAUUAAGUCUCUAAACCAAACUGUUACCCUUUAAAACAAACAAAAAAACAUUAAUUAGAAUAGUAGGUAUCCGUAACUAACUGUCAUGGCAGUUGCUAUGGAGUUGCUAUGACAACAAAACAAGCCACGGGCUUAUAAACAGCUUUCGCCUCGUUCUUUCUAACCUAAAAACAGUAUAGGUACAUUAAAAAUAUUACUCGAUUACAAUUUUUAAGUACUUUAUUUUGUUGGUCUCGAAAUAGUUCGUCUUUUCGCUCUUCCUGCCUAGCAGUAAGAUGGAGGUUCAGUAGCGCGGAUCACUUCCGGUUCAGAAGUUUCUUUAUUUUUAAGUUAGUGAAUUGUUUUUUUAAUCAAUAAAUUUUGAUAAUUUUUCUUUAAUUAAAAUCUACUUCUGUUUUUUAAUUUGAGUACUUUCACAAGAGACAAUUAAGUUCGGCCAGGAAAAAAGAAAGAAGAAGCAAACAUCCAUGUUAAUUGUGUUUGGAUCGAGCUGUUUCCAGUUAUUACACUCAGCUUUCGGUAUAAUGCUUAAUUUCAUCUGACAAACUUCAGUGAGUUAAUCUUCUAAAACUGAACUCAGCAGAAAUAAUCUGUUCGUUUUGUGUUUUUCUCUCUAAUACGCUCUGCAUCGCUUCCAUCUUUUCAUAGGUUGUUUCUAUUCUGCUGCUUCUGGCUUUGUUUCUAAUCGUUUAUUUCCAACCCAAAUCGUCCUUUAACUUCCUGCUGAGGCGCUAACUUCCUGUCUGUCUGUGUCUCUCUGUCUGUCUGUCUGUCAGCUGAGGAAUGCUUCCUGGACUCUGAUUUGAGCUUUUUGGUGCCCAUCGCCGUCGGCGUGGCCCUCAGCUUCCUAAUCAUCCUUGUGCUUAUCUCUUACCUGAUUGGUCGGCGGAAGAGCCGCACUGGUUACCAGUCUGUUUGAGUCCAGCUCUGCUGCUUCUGCUUCUGCUUCUCCUCCCUGUUUGUUUCCCCACCCUUUCUGCUCUUAAAUUUAAAAAAAACAAAGCAAAAACAAAAUAUAAAAAGCUUCCUGGAUUUUUCUCAGUUUUCCUCCGAGGCAGCGUCUCCUUGCAAUAACCUUUUAGCUUAUUUCCCACAUCCAGUUUCAGCUGGUUGUGUUUAUUGUUUUUUUUUUUGUUCUAACAAAAGUGACUGAAUCAAGCACUAAAACAUUUAUGAUCUAUGACAAAUUGUUUUAAUAUAAACUGCAUGUUAAAAGAAUAGAUAGAAAUAUGGCUGUGAAUUAGCCUUCCACACUGCAAAAACACAAAAUCUUAAGUCAUUUUGUCUGGGUUUUUUUUUUUUUUUUUUUUUGUGCAAGUAUCUUAGUACACUUGAAAUACAAUAUGACCAAUUAUAAGUAAUUUUCAGGACGUUUUAAAUCAAUAAUACUUAAAUAUAGGUUAAAAAGUUCUAAUUCCACUAGCAGAAUUUUGUACUUCUGACAUUGGAAAAAUGCCUUGCUAUGUAAUUUAGUAUUACUAAUGUGUAAUACGUACAAGUUAGUAAUACAAACAUAAAUAGUUCUCAGCAAGAAAUAGGAGCUUGUUUUAAGUCAAUAAUUCCUUAAUAUUGAUUUAAAAAGAACUAGUUUCAUUGCCAGAUUAUUUCACUUAUAGCAAAAUUUAUUCUGAUGUUUUAAGAGAAAUAGUCUGCCAGUGGAACUUGUACUUUUUUUUAAAAUCAAUAUUAAGGAAAUAUUUACCUAAAACCAACUCCUAUGUCUUUCUGAAAAGUUACUUGUAAGUUAGUUUUGUCUUAUUUCAAAUGUACUAAAAUAUUUGAACUAUAACUAAACCAAAAAUAUUUAAGAUUUAGUUUUUGCAGUGCACUCUCUUCCCUUCCUAACCCAGAGAGGCUUUUUGACCUCACUUUCUGUGCUAUAUUAUAGUAUAUGUGUAAAUUAAUCUCUUGUAUAGAAUGACAGACAUUGAGUUUUGAUGAAUGUAAGAGCAACCUUAUUUCUCAGAUGUCAGUUUUCCAUAUAUUUGUUUUCGCAUCCAUGUAUCACCAAUGAACAGCUAAACUUGUUGCACAUAUUCUCACCGGGUGAAAGGGAAAAAUAAUGUAACAGACACUUUACCAGCAUUGGGACCAGUUUUAUUUCUCUUUUAUUUGUAGUUUUUGUCACUCUUGAAUUUUGUUGAAAUGCUCACAUAAAGUAUGUUGGAAAUUAAUUUGAUUACAGUGUUGUUUACUUUUAAAUCUGGGAUUAAACGUAACAUCUCUGACACCAGAAACAGUUUAACAUUAAAGAGAGAUUAUUCUCCUCAAACUCAUCUGUGCAUGUUGGGUUUUCAGAAAUCAGUUUUGGAGACCAAAUAAACUUACUUACAUCAGGUGAAAUGUAUUUAUAAGGUGUCAUAAAGUCAACAAACUUGACCAAAAAUGUCAAGCAAGAAAAGUAAAACAUUACAAUAGAAGAAAUUAAAAUAAUACCGGCACAAAAAUAAAAAGGGAAAUAGAUGUUACUAAAGUGACUCACUUUCUUAAAGACCAAGGAGAAAAAAUGUAAGAUUGAGAGAUUUAAAAACAGUUAUUAAUGCACUGCAAAACUUGGUAACAUUUUGGUGUUUUUGCAGUGGUGCUGUUAAAAUCACAUGAUCUAACCUGAGAAUCUUAAAUUUAAUCCUAUAAAUCAUCAGAAAGUCAUUAAAUAGAGGAAAAAAUUGGUGCAAAAUGCUUUUGUAUUCUUGUACACUGCAAAAACACAAAAUAUUACCAAGUAUUUUUGGUCCAGUUUCUAGUGUAAAUAUUAUAGUGCACCUGAAAUAAGACAAAACUAACUUACAAUUAACUUUUCAGCAAGAAAUACGAGCUAAUUCUGUAAAAUUAAUUUAAAAAAUAUUACUUCUUUUGGCAGAUUAAUUCACUUACAACAUGAAAAAAAUAACUUGUAAAAGUAAGAAAAACAAAAUUACAAUGGUUCUAGUCAUUUUUUAUCAAUAUUAAGAAAUUUCUGAUGAAAAAACACGUCUAAAUGUUGCUAAAAAGUUAUUUAUGGUAGUUAAUUUUGUCUUAUUCCAAACGCACUAAUAUAUUUUCACUAGAAACUUUGUAAAAACACGUGGUAAUAUUUUACGUUUUUGCAGUGUACCUGCUCUGAACGAACAGAAUUACAGCAAGAAAAAAAAGAGCAGACUUCCUCCCGUUACGUCUUUGAACAUAAAUCUCAGGUGUUACACUCCAGGCCUCGAGGGGCGCUGUCCUGCAGUUUUUAGAUGAGUCACAGGUACAAAACGCUGGAUUGAAAUAAUUUCCUCCUCCUUGUGUAGAUCAGUUCUCCAGAGUCUUGCUAAUGACCUAAUUAUUUUAUUCAGGUUUUGUGCAGCAGAGGCAGAUCUAAAAGUUGCAGGACUGCGGCCCUUGAGGACUAGAGUUUGACACCCCUGCCAUAAAUGGUCCGGGUACGAAUCUUUACAGCUGCCAAUGAUGUGAUUUGAUUCUCUUUCAAACUCAUUUAAAGUUUUAUAUAGAUGUUUAUUAUUUGUUCUUAUGUUUGGUUUGUAGUGAAAAUACACAUUUUAGAGGAGUUGAUUGCUCCAGUAUAACGACAAAGAGAAAAACAAAUUUUAAUUUUAACCACAUUUAACCUGUAUUUUGAUUUAAUGUAUAGUAUUUUGGAAGAAAAAUCUACUGUUUUUUGUUCUUCAUUACUGGUUUCUUUGUACCAAAACAAGCACGGACCCAGCGCCGCCAGUUCUCCAUUUUUUGAGCGUUUUUCAUCCCCACACCUCUACAGUUUCCGUGCCUUUGUGUUGAGCACCUCACCAUGAGCUUCUGAUGGAGGAAUGUGACACGUUGGGCUUGUUUAAACACGAGUGGGGAAACAAAUUCAAUAAAAAGUUCAUUUCUUGUUUUGUA